AUGAGGGAUGGUUAUACCUUUUCAUGUUCCUCGUCUUGCUACUUUCGCUUACUUCUGGUUGUGGCUUUACUUUGUUUAUGCUUAAGUGAUAAUAGCAAAGGCGAUGUACUAUGCAAGGAUGAUGAGAGAGAAGCACUUCUUGAGUUCAAGCAUGGGCUCAUAGAUAAAGCAGAUCGACUUGCUUCUUGGGUUGGUGAGAAGAACGACUGUUGCAAUUGGAAUGGGAUCGUUUGUGAUAACUUUACCGGUCAUGUUCACAAGAUUCAUCUUCCAGGUAAUUGUAGUAUGAAUGAUUACAACAAAAUCGAAGAAUACGAAGAAUUCUUGAAUCAAAAAUUAAGAGGGGACAUAAGUCCAUCGCUUCUGAAUCUAACGCAACUCAAGCAUUUAGACUUGAGCUGCAAUAACUUUGGUGAAAUGGAAGUUCCUAGCUUUAUAGGAUCUCUUGGAAACUUGAGGUAUCUUAAUCUCUCGCGUUCCGUAUUUGGUGGAACAAUCCCUCCUCAACUAGGGAAUCUGACAGAAUUGCGCGUCCUAUGUCUUGGAAAUUUUUAUGAUAUUGAAGAUAGUGAUGAAUAUGAAUAUACUACAAUCACCAACAUGAAGUGGCUGUCAAGUCUCCGUUUGUUACAUCACCUGGAUUUGAGUGGCAUGGACCUUAGUAAGGCAACAGAUUGGCUUGAGGCUAUUAACACCCUUCCUUCUUUGGUUGAACUACAUUUGUCCCAUAGUCAACUUUUGUGUAUACAUCCUCAUGUUGCUAAUCUUACUGUCACAUCUCUUUCCUUUCUUGAUCUUUCUGGAAAUGAUUUUUAUGACAACUGUGUGCUAGAGUGGAUUUUCAGUAAAACUAGUCUAGGUUCACUAGAUAUACGUGGGUGUGGUCUUCAUGGCCCUAUUCCUAGAAGCAUUGAUAGCUUUCGCAACUUGACUUCUCACAAGUCGCUUCACGUUCACGGGAAUGAUUUCAUGAGUUCUUCAUUAGUGUUAAAAGGGUUGUCUAGUGUAGGUGGUAAUCUCAUUUCAUUAGAUAUUAGUUCUUGCGGUAUUUCAAGUUCACUUCUUGGUUCCCUUCACAACCUGACUUCCAUACUUAGCCUUGACCUGUCAUAUAAUGUACUCAACAAGACAAUACCUACAUCAUUGGGGAAUCUUUGCAAUUUAAGACAUAUUGGUCUAGAUGGUAACUCGUUUCCUGAUAUUAGCUUUACAAGCCUUUUUGAAAGCUUUUUUGAGUGCAAAUCACCAAAAUUGGAGUCCUUAUCUCUUCGGUCUACAGGACUUUCAAGCCAUCUUCCAAAUCAACUUGGACAACUUGUAUAUCUGGAGAAUCUCCAACUUGAAAAUAACCAUAUUGAUGGUACUAUUCCUGAAUCAAUAGGAAGAUUAACUCUUUUGAGGUCGCUAUAUCUUGCAAAGAAUCUUAUCUCGGGUCCAAUACCAUAUUCAGUCGGAGAAUUGUCCUCGGUUGAGGUGUUAGAUCUUUCAAAUAAUCGACUCAAUGGAAGCCUUCCUGAUAGCCUCGGUCAACUUUCAAAGAUAAUUUAUUUAGAUUUUUCAUACAACUUUUUAACCGGUCUUGUGACAGAAGCUCAUUUUGACAAACUAGCUAAACUAAAGUACCUAAAUGGAGUAGGCAACUACCUAUCCCUAAGACCGCACCUUGUGAACUGGGUUCCCUCUUUCCGGUUGCAGUUCUUGUAUUUAAGUUCGUGGAACUUAGGGCCUCAAUUUCCAUUGUGGCUGCAGUUGCAGAGUGAUUUAGUAGAAUUGGAAAUUAGCAAUACAAGGAUUACAUCAAUGAUUCACGAGGCAUUUUGGAAAUCAUGGCCUAAUCUACAAUAUCUAAAUAUGUCACGAAAUCAAAUUCAAGGAAGGUUGUUUCGUAUCCCUGCAUCGCUUCAAGUACUUGCCUUGAAUUCUAACGAACUUAGCGGGCAACUCCCUGAACUCUCUAAAAUUAAUUCACAGACAAAGAUUCUGGAUUUGUCAAAUAAUUCCUUUGGGGGAUCUUUGCGUCUUUUGGUGUGUCCUUACGGUGAGAAAAAUCUAGAAAUUCUUAAUUUGGCUAACAAUAAUCUAUCAGGUGACAUUCCUGAGUGUUGGAAGAAGUGGCCGUAUUUAGUAUUUCUAAACUUGGAAAACAACAACUUGUUUGGUGGUAUACCAAGAACUUGCGGAUCAUUAUCUUCUCUGCAGUUAUUAAAUAUCUACAACAACAAGCUCUCUGGAGGAGUACCUACUUCUCUAAAGAACUUAACAAAUUUAAUAAUGCUUCAACUUGGAAGAAAUGAACUUGUUGGACCAAUUCCGGCCUGGUUUGGAACAAAACUCUUGAGUUUGAAAAUUCUUAACCUCCGAUCAAACAAAUUUAAUGGAAAUCUGACUCAUGAGCUUUGCUUUCUGACCGGUAUUCAGAUCUUGGAUCUUUCUCAUAAUAAUCUAUCAGGACAUAUACCAAGAUGUUUCAACAAUUUCACUUUACUCUCUGGGAAAGAAACUACCUCAAGUGAUAGAUUUAUCUUCUCUUAUACUAGACAGAUCAUUGGCAGUGCUUCGUUGUUUAUAAAGGGACGAGAGGAUACAUAUAGCACUAUUCUCGGACUUGUGUUGAUGUUGGACCUUUCAAGUAACAUUUUUUCUGGGAGCAUCCCAAGGGAGCUAAUGGACCUCCCAGCAUUACAAUCUUUGAAUUUGUCAAGAAAUCAGUUGAUAGGGAGAAUCCCUGAAAACAUUGGAGAUCUGAAAUCACUUUUUUCAUUUGAUGUAUCUCUUAAUCGGCUUUCUGGGGAGCUUCCUAAGACCUUGUCAAGCUUGAAUUUUUUGAGUAGCUUCAAUGUGUCCUAUAACAAUUUCACAGGAAAAAUCCCACUGGGCACCCAGCUUCAUAGCUUCAACGAGUCAUGCUUCUCAGGCAACAAGCUUUGUGGAGAUCCACUCACUGAAAGUUGUUCAAUUGAUCAGGCACCUAACAGAUACGAAGAAGAAGAAGACGAUGCAUCACAUGGAGCAGAUCGGGACUUGAUUAUUAGCAUAAUGUGUGGAUUCCUUGCUGGUUUCUGGCUGGUGUUAGUUCCGUUGAUAGUUAGCACCACAUGGAGAACUGCACAUUUCCGUUUCUUGAGUCAUCUGAGAUGUAUAUUUUGUAAUGCUAUUCAGAAGUACUGUGGUAAUCUUCUUUCUAGGUGA